AUGGCAUGCGCUGCAGCGGCAGUACACAAGAAGAAGCCACAGAGUCGCUUGCUUGCGCUGCUGGCAUUGUCCUGGGCGUGCCUGCAGACAGCGCAGCCGGUGCGGGCUUUGGCUGGGCCAACUGUGAGGGCUGCGCUUUUUGACCCAAGAACUCCGGCCUUCUGGCUGUCAAGGCUUCGCUUUCUUGCUGUCUGCGCUGUGCUUUGCCGGUUGUCGGUGCGCUUGCAGAAAUCCCACUCCACUCCGCACGGCACUCCCCUCCACUCCACUCCAGGGCACUCCCCCACCCCUCCACGGCACGGAGUAUGUGUCAUUUCCUGCGCUUUUUUCUGGCGAGACCGACCCAGGAAUGCCACGACAAAGUGA